AUGCCGGAAGCGCCGCCCGCUUCUCGGACUCAAGUCAAGUCGCGUAGUAGGUCCACUUUCCCCUCGACUGACUCUGCUGUGUUUGAUGAUCGUCUGCCUCUGCCUCUGCUAAUUCCCGUGCGAUCCGCCAGGUGGAUGUCAGCGAAAAUCAAGUGUGACGAGACAGUCCCCAACUGUAAUCAAUGCACACGCAAAGGCUAUGACUGUCCCGGCUACAACCGGCCCGUGAAAUGGUCCUCCAAGUACCAGAUCUUAGAGACAAGCCCUGAACAAAAGACAAAACCAACAACAUCCCAACAGGACGUCCCCGGAUUUGCCGAUGGCGUCAGAAAGCUGCAAGCGACCCUCACGCAGCCCUCAUCUGCUGUCAAUCACCUACCUGGGACGACGUUGUCGAAACAUCGAUCUGUCUUUAAGACCAUCCCCUUAUCAUCAUCAUCAUCAUCAUCAUCAUCAUCAUCAUCGUCGGCAUCUGCUCCCUCUCCCUCUGCCGGCCGUCGCAGAUCGAAUGAGUCGGCGGGCAGGAGAACUGUCAACACAGCCGCUUCACCAUCGUCACCUUUUUCAUCACCGACUGGCACAACAGAAUUGCCAUUAGGUUCUUCGCCACUGCGCUAUCGACAUGACGCACGGACGGAGACAAAAUCCUCGACCAGCACGCAGGUAAGGUGGGCCAUGACGAAGGUCACCGGUAUACCAGCAUACCUAGAAGAUCGAAGUACAAGCAUCUCACGACACUAUUUCACUUCAGUCUGUUUAGUAAGCUGUUGCUUUGAUUCUCCAAAAAACUCGUUUCGUGUCGUCGUGGCCGACCUGAUGCUCACAUCCCCGCUUCUGUACAAUUCCGUGAUGGCACUGUCUGCGGCCGUGAUGGGACAGAACAGAAGUGAUAUGAUGGCUGCGUCUUUUGAGCAUCAAAUCGAAGCAAUUCGUUAUAUGAAGUCAGAGGUCAUGAUGAUUACCGGUGACAAGCCGUCUUCGCAGGUCACGGCGUCUCGUGUUGGUCCCAUUGGUCCGGAAGUGCUUAUUAGCUGUAUACUACUAGGCUUGACUGAUGCAUGGCACAACCCUGCAAUACCACCGGCAAAUCAUCUCCAAGGUUUGCGAGUUCUGUUCAAAAACUGGAUUUCAGCCAUUAAAAAAUCAUCCAACACAUCGCUCGCCGUGGCUUGUUCUUCAUCCGCUCGAAGUUUCCUUGUUGGUAUUAUCAGCUUCUGGGAAAGCUCGGCAUGCACUGGUAUUACUCAGCCGGUGGAAGUUGUCGAUUAUCUUUUCCCUUUCUGCGACCAAGAACAUGUAGACCCAAUUUAUCCUAACCCUUGGACGGGUAUUUGCACUCCACUCUUCAUUUUCUGGGCAAAGACCGGCAAUUUAGCGAGACAUAAGUCCCUGCUGCGCCGUGUUUUUGGAAAUGCUGCUGCCGACUGUUGUGAUCGACGGCAAGCGAACUUGGUAGAGCAAGCUUGGGAGGUGGAACGGGCGUUGUUGCGAUAUCAAAUUCCUGCGAUUGACAAAGUGGAACAUACCGACGAUGAGCUUACCCCGGUAAGCCACUUGCAAAGCGUAGGCCUGGUGCUCAAGUUGGCAACUCUUCUUCAGCUCUACCUUGACUUCCCGGAGCUCCUUCGACAGAGAGUAUCCACUGACACCACACCAUCUCCUCCCGGAUACGAAAUCGGGGAUUUACCUAUCUCGACGGGAAUGAAUGCGAAAAUGCUGGCUAUGGCAGCGCGUAUCCUGAGCAUUGCGGCCACAAUACCAUUCUCGUCCGGCGCACACUCUUCCCUCCUUCUUCCACUGAUCGUUGCCGGCACAACGCUACAACCGAGCAAAAUAUACUCUGUGAUGCAUUCACUUGAGACCUCAAAAGAUGUACUGAGCCCGGAAGUCCUCUCCCUCGCCGCCUGCAACCAGGACGGAGUCGUGGGCUAUCUAAGAUGGCGGGACUAUAUCAGAGAACAGCUCGAUGGCAUGUGCCGACGCUUGGGUCUGAAAUCAGUGAUCGGCGCCAUAACCGUCGUUGAAGAAGUAUGGCGUCGCGCGGACGCCGAGGCACUGAAUGCAGAUAUAAAAAACAAUUCCUUCGGCUCAUUUGUACACUGGAUUGACCUGACGACCGAGGGAGAAGUUGGGUCUAUUUAUUCCUAG